GGCUGUUUAAUCCAAUAAAUUUUGUAAAACACAAAAAACAGAUUAAUUUCUUCAAUCAGACUUUUACCUAUUGAUAUUGAAAUUAGCCGGCUGAGCAGCAACAGAAAAAACGGAUUUCUGAGUUUAUAAGAGCGCGUUGGACGCGUUACAGCAGUCUGUCCGUCAGUGGCAGUGCUUAGCGCUCUACUCCCCGAACAGUUCACGAUUGUACAUACAUACUAAAGGACAAUUAUGAAUUUUUCUGUCGGUGGCGUGUUCUCAUUUUUUACGGUGACCAACAACUCUCUGCUGUUUGAAAACAGUCUACGAAAGCCAUGGAAGUAUGUGUCCAGCGUGCACUGUACGCAGACCUUGGAGUCAGAAAUGAAAACAGAAGAGGGCGGCGAUGCAAGAAAACAACCAUACUGGUGCCGAGCUACAUGGGACACCAUUCUCUGUUGGCCCUCCGUCCCCCCAGGACAGACAGUUUACAUGGAAUGUCCCCCCUACCCGGGCUUGGACCCAAACAAGAUGGCAUUUAGGCGAUGUGGCGAUACUUCGGUUUGGGAGGGACCGCAGCCCCUGGGGUACACAAACUACACGGACUGUUACACACCAGAGUCACGGAGGUUGAUGGCUAAAUUCUACGGAAAUAAAUCUGUAGAAGAUCGACAGUGGAUGAAGAAAAUUGUUGUUGGAACUCGAACUAUGGAAAUAAUAGGUCUCUGUGUCUCGCUUGUGUCGUGUGUGACGUCACUGUUCAUUUUCUGUUACUUCCGAACAUUACGGUGCCACAGAACAAGGAUCCAUCGGAACCUCUUGGUCUCUAUCAUAGUGCAAGUUAUCAUCCGACUGAUCCUUUACAUUGAUCAGUAUAUUGCCCGAGAAAAGCAAUCAGAUUAUCUCGCAGCCACCGGAAGUUACAUAGCUAUAUUCCAUACGCCGACGUUCUGCGAGACGAUCUACACGCUGCUGGAGUAUACGGAGUCGGUGCAGUUUAUGUGGAUGUUUGUGGAAGGAAUACACCUACACAACAUCAUAGCCGUGUCAUUCUUCUCAGGGAAACCCAACUACUUCGUCUACUAUGUCCUUGGCUGGGUUACCCCUAUACCCUUCACAGUGGCCUGGGUCGUUACGAUGCUCAAACUUCAUAAAAACAGCUGCUGGUUUCCGUAUUACUUUUUAAAUGAAUACUGGAUUAUAGAGGCCCCGAGAGUCACCGUCAUAGGGGUAAAUCUUCUCUUUUUGCUCAACAUUAUUCGUGUCCUGGUGCACAAACUACGCAAAACUCGCACGUUAGAGCCACAAUUUACAAAAGUCAGGAAAGCUGUGAAGGCGGCCAUUGUUUUACUUCCUCUGCUGGGAAUCACGAACAUUGUAAACCUUAUAGAUCCGCCAACCAAUAGUGUUGUACAGUUCGGACUGUGGUCUUAUUCCACGUACUUCUUCGUAUCAUUCCAAGGAUUCUUUAUCUCUCUGCUAUACUGCUACACAAACGGCGAGGUUCGGACAGAACUGAGGAAACAAUGGAGUAACUAUUUAGAGAGUAAAUCCUGCUCUACGUCGUACAAGAAUCGACGAUCGUGUUCUAUGGUUACCAGCACGUUUGAUCUUUCAGUAAACCAGCGCAAAAGAAUCAGAGGUGCUCCGAAAACUACAGAGAUGUUCCAGAAAUGUACAAUAGAGGGCACAAUGAAGACUGCCGAGAUGUUCCAGAAAUGUACAAUAGAGGGUACGAUGAAGACUGCCGAGAUGUUCCAGAAAUGUACAAUAGAGGAAAUGUACAAUAGAGGGUGCGAUGAAGAUUGCCGAGAUGUUCCAGAAAUGUACAUUAUAGAGGGCACGAUGAAGACUGCCGAGAUGUUCCAGAAAUGUACAAUAGAGGGUGCGAUGAAGACUGCCGAGAUGUUCCAGAAAUGUACAUUAUAG